CGAGAGUGCAUUUCCAUCCACGUGGGUCAGGCUGGAUGCCAGAUUGGCAAUGCAUGUUGGGAACUCUACUGCCUUGAGCACGGCAUUGAGCCCGACGGUCACAUUCCAUCCGACAAGAAAUCAAACAGUGACGAUUCCUUCAAUACAUUCUUCUGUGAGACAAGUUCCGGAAAGCACGUCCCCAGAGCAGUUUACGUUGAUUUGGAGCCAACUGUUAUUGACGAGAUCCGCACCGGGAAGUACAGGCAGCUGUUUCACCCGGAACAGUUGAUCAACGGCAAAGAGGAUGCCGCCAAUAACUACGCUAGGGGUCACUACACGGUCGGCAAGGAGAUUAUUGACCUGGUCAUGGACAGGGUCAGAAAGAUGGCCGACCAGUGCACAGGUCUACAGGGGUUCCUCAUUUUCCACAGCUUUGGUGGUGGCACUGGUAGCGGGUUCACAUCUCUGCUCAUGGAACGCUGCUCAGUAGAUUACGGCAAGAAGUCAAAGUUGGAAUUCGCCAUCUACCCAGCCCCACAGAUUUCCACUGCGGUAGUUGAGCCGUACAACUCCGUGCUCACCACCCACACCACACUGGAGCACUCCGACUGCGCCUUCAUGGUGGACAACGAGGCCAUCUACGACAUCUGCCGUCGCAACCUCGACAUUGAACGCCCCACGUAUCAGAAUCUGAACCGUCUCAUAGGUCAGAUAGUAUCGUCCAUCACUGCGUCCUUGAGGUUCGAUGGCGCCCUUAAUGUUGAUCUCACCGAAUUCCAGACAAACUUGGUGCCAUACCCCAGGAUUCAUUUCCCGCUGGUCACAUAUGCGCCCAUCAUAUCAGCCGAGAAAGCGUACCACGAGCAGAUGACCGUGGCAGAAAUCACCAACGCCUGCUUCGAGCCCUCCAACCAAAUGGUCAAAUGCGAUCCCCGCCACGGGAAGUAUAUGGCCUGCUGCAUGCUGUAUCGUGGAGACGUUGUUCCAAAAGACGUCAACGCCGCCAUCGCCACCAUCAAGACCAAGAGAACAAUUCAGUUUGUUGAUUGGUGCCCAACCGGUUUCAAAGUGGGUAUCAACUACCAACCGCCAACAGUCGUGCCAGGUAGUGGUGACUUGGCCAAGGUGCAGCGUGCUGUUUGUAUGAUCAGUAACACCACAGCCAUUGCCGAGGCCUGGGCAAGGCUGGACCACAAGUUUGAUCUCAUGUAUGCAAAGAGGGCUUUCGUCCACUGGUAUGUGGGUGAAGGUAUGGAGGAAGGGGAGUUCUCAGAGGCCCGAGAGGAUCUUGCCGCUCUGGAGAAGGACUACGAAGAGGUCGGCGUAGAAUCUUUAGACGGAGGCGUCUAUGAAGAUGAGACAGAGGAAUACUAGAAAUUUGAUCUCGGGCACCCUCGUCCCCAUCCCCCUGCAAGUGGCACCCAACUCCUUGCGCUGUCUGGAGUAUUGCGUAUACAAACAAUGUAUUUCCGUGUAAUUCACCUGUUAACAACAUAUCUAAUUAUUUAUUUCGUUUAUUGUGCUAUGGCUUACGCAAUCACCCUGGAUUUCACAGUAUUUUGCUUUAAGUGCAAAACAACGUUCGUUAAUACUGUAGUGAUUUUAAACAAGCGGAGCAAUCAAGGCAUAGCGGGUGUAAGUAAGAAGCACUAUAUGGUAACGGGUUAGAUCGCGUUAUCGAUACUUUUCAAUUCAUACCCGUCUGCAUUCAUUCAAAAUUCAGUAUUUAAAAUUGCUAUGUAUACAGUUUAUCAGUUUAACCAUCUCUUCGCACUUAUUCUUAAGGCAUUUUACAAUCUGGAAAUUAAAGUGUUUUGAAUUUGACAUACAUGUAUCUAUCUCAUGUAUGCCAUAUAAUAGGUAUCCGCUACGAAACUGGUUUAUUUGGAAACAAAAUGCACCCCUUAUGCCUUAGAGUGCCAAGAGCUUGGAAUUCGGGGUAUAUCAACUUAGAAAAAGCGAUCAAUAUUAUUGAUGCCAUUUGUGCCAAAAAUGUAUAUAGACUUGUAGCAAGCCGAUAGAUGUCAUUUUCCUGAAUCAUGGACGCUAUUUUAUAGGGAAAUGGACCCAAAACAAAAACGAAUACUUUCGCUGCUGGGCUUCGUGCAAUGGUAUAUUUCUCUGUUACAGUGUUCUACGUUUGUUAUCUGAGUUCGUCUCAGGUUCUGAAGUGGGAAUUGAUGCAUAAGAAAUCACUCAGGCUUGAGCCAUCGGUAUCAAUCUGAUCAUAAAGAAAUAAAGAAUAUUUGUAACUCCUU